AUGACGGCCCAGUCGCGCCUCGCCGCCACCCCCGGGGCCCUCACCAUCGGCGUCCUCGCCCUCCAGGGCGGCUUCAUCGAGCACAUCAACCUCGUCCGCGCCGCCGCCGAGCGCCUCGCCGCCGCGGCCGCCUCGGGCGCCGUCAUCCACGCCAUCGAGGUGCGCACGCCCGCCGAGCUGGCGCGCUGCGACGGGCUCAUCAUCCCCGGCGGCGAGAGCACCACCAUAUCCUUUGUCGCUGCGCAGUCGGGCCUGCUCGAGCCCCUGCGCGAGUUUGUCAAGGUCCUCAAGAAGCCCGUCUGGGGCACCUGCGCGGGCCUCAUCCUCCUCUCCGAGCAGGCCAACGCCGCGAAGAAGGGCGGCCAGGAGCUCAUCGGCGGGUUGGCCGUGCGCGUCCACCGCAACCACUUUGGCCGGCAGAUUGAGAGCUUCGAGGCGGGGCUGACGCUGCCGUUCCUCGGCGAGGGCGCAGCUCCCUUCCCGGGUGUCUUUAUCCGCGCGCCCGUCGUCGAGGAGGUGCUGCAGCCCGCCGGAGGAGACGGCCAGAAGAACAACGGCGUGAGCGUGCUGGCCACGCUGCCGGGCCGCGUCGACCGCAUGAAGGCCGGCGUGUCGCAGGCGAACCCCACGGACGGGUCCGGCGACAUCAUCGCCGUGCGGCAGGGGAACGUGCUGGGCACGAGCUUCCACCCGGAGCUGACGCCCGAUCCGCGCAUCCACGUGUGGUGGCUGCAGGAGAUUCUGCGGCAGCGCGCCGAGGUGCCGCUGCGGUAG